UAAAUCCAUAAGUGUUAGCUGGAGGAGGAUGGUGAACGGUGUAAGUGUGCUGGGUGAGGAAUAGAACUGGUUCUCAGCUCCCUGGCCACAAGGCCGGAGUGGUGCUCUGCCUGCUAACCCCACCGCCGUCCGUGUAGUCGAGAAGCUCGCAGCACAAAACGCACAGCUUGCCUUCCGCCGACGUGCACUUCCCCCACUCUCCCUCCAGCCGGCUCGCCGCAGCGUUAGUCCGGUACAUAAAAUGAAGCGACCAUCAGCAUUACGGGAAGCUGUGUGGCUCUUUGGAUGUUGCUGAUGUACGCGGAGACGAUAUUGUUUUCGUAAGAUCUCUGUCAAGGAGGUCAGAAUCAGCUUGGGGGAUGGACGAGCAGAAAUCAAACUGCGAAGAGAGCGAGUCUGAGCCAACAGCUGAUGACAAUGCUGCUGUUAAGCAACAUGCCUCCUCUGAUGGCGAGGCCCAAGCUCUUCCUGCUGCUGAGGAUGUGUCCGGUGCUACUGCAGCCUCUUCAACUACACCUAUAAAGAGCGUGAGGGCUUGUGCUCUUUGCAACUGUGUGGAGCGCAGCCUUCAUGGACAACGGGAACUGAGGCGCUUUGGGCCAACAUUGGAACGAUCCACCCUCCAGCCAUCAGCUUUACCUCUGCCCCAGCCUGGAAAUGAUGAUUUGUCUUCCAUUGGAUUUUCGAAUGCCCCUUCUGUGGCAUCACUCUUUGAUGACUCAGGGGGUUGUUGGGUUCAUCACUGGUGUGCGGUGUGGUCAGAAGGAGUUAAACAAAUGGAUGAUGGCGAGUUGGAGAAUGUGGAUAAGGCUGUUAUCUCAGGGACGCAGCGGCUUUGUGAAUACUGUAAAAGGCUUGGGGCAACCAUUCGUUGCCAUGCUGAGGGCUGUUCAACAUUUUACCACUUUCCAUGUGCGGCAGCGAGUGGGUCCUUCCUAUCUAUGAAGCAGUUGGCCCUUCUCUGUCCACAGCACAUAGACAAAGCAGAAGAGCUGGCAGGAGAAGAAGCUUGGUGUGCUGUGUGCGACUCGGUGGGAGAGCUCACAGACUUGCUGUUCUGUACGGGUUGUGGCCUCCAUUAUCAUGCGGCCUGUUUAGAGAUUGGAGCUGCGCCCAUCCAGCGGGCAGGAUGGCAGUGCCCAGAGUGUAAAGUGUGCCAGACUUGCAGACAACCAGGCGAAGACUCCAAAAUGUUAGUAUGUGAUGCCUGUGAUAAGGGCUACCACACUUUCUGUCUCCAACCAGCCAUGGAUUCUCUCCCUACAGAUCCAUGGAAAUGCAAAAGGUGUCGUGUCUGUAUGGGGUGUGGGGUCCGUGGACUCGUGGUGCCAGGUUUGGCUCAGUGGUUUGACAACUAUGCUGUGUGUCAGGCCUGCCAGUGUCAGCGUAGCUCGGUGUGUGGCGUCUGCAGCAAAGCUGCAAACCCACUUGUUGCUCUUCAGUGCUGCAGCUUAUGUCACAGGUGGGUGCACAGUGAGUGUGCUGUACCUGGUGAGCUCCUAGAAGUAAAGAGCGUAUGCCUGCUAUGUAAGGAGGAUCGUCAUCCGCAAGAGCAUCUCACUGAGGGGUACAUGGCGCUGACGCAAACUGCAGAGGCAGCUGAUGAGGUUGAGGCUGAAGGACAGAUGCAGUUGGUAGAGAUGAAAAUCCAAACAGACAUGACGAUGGGAGAGCAGAUGGACGUACCUGAGGAGACACAAAGCCAGGGAGAUGCAUCAGAGAUGAGGGCUGAAGAAGCAACACCAAUGGACCUAGAUGGAGAGUGCUCAACAGAACAAGGUCCCUCUUGUGUAUCUGCUGAUGAAAGGAGAGCAGAGAAGGCAGUGAGCCAGGUGAUCCAAGCUGACUCUCUGCAGUAUUCUACUGCCGAGAGACUGUCCCAAAAUCCUGAAUCAGAAGCUAAGCACCAGGGCCCUGAAAAUAGGGAGAAGGUGGAGUUGUUCAAGUCUGGUUCUGAACCAUUCAGUAAGACUCUGUCAAAGUUCUCAUCUUCUCAAGCAUAUGUGGCGAAAAAACAGCAUGCACCUCUCUCGGAUGAGCAGAACAAACGCCAGCAGUCGUCUUUUCAUCUUUCUUUAUCACCAGUCACUCGAGAAGGGCCUUCUACUGUAAACAUGGAAGAGCGGCUACUUAAUCACUCUGAAGAGGAGGACGAUGAAGAUGACGAUGAGCAAAUGAAAGAAGAAGUGCACGAUGUGGAAAUAAAACAAGAACCACAGGAGCAUGAGGUUAACCCGCAGUCACUGCUGGAUGAGUUGUCCAAUAUGAGCCACGGAGAUGAGAGUAGCAGUGGCUUCUUGGGCUCUCCCGGAGAACCGGAUCAUCAACUCUCCAUGGAUCUUAUAUCGGCUUCCCGCUGUCACACUGAUAACCUGCUCACAGAAACAGAUGACUCGCUUCCCUUUGAACUCUUGCAAAGUGACGGAGAGAAGGUGAAACGUCGGGGAUCCCCCGGACGCUCACGGGUCAAACAGGGUCGAAGCAAUAGUUUCCCUGGGAAGCGGCGGCCCAGAGGGGGCGGUGGAGGCAGAGGGCGCGGCGGGAGGUCUCGCCUCAAAGCUAUGGCCUCUUGCAUUGAUGCCUUUUUGCUUAGCAUGACCACAGACACUGGAAUAAGUAAAGAGGAGGAGGAGGAGGAAGAUGACACCAUGCAGAACACAGUGGUUCUUUUCUCAAACACCGAUAAAUUUGUUCUGCUUCAGGAUAUGUGUGUUGUUUGUGGCAGUUUUGGAAAGGGUGCAGAGGGGCAGUUAUUAGCUUGUGCACAGUGUGCUCAGUGUUACCAUCCUUACUGUGUGAACAGCAAAAUCACCAAAAUGAUGCUCCGCAAGGGCUGGCGCUGUUUGGAAUGUAUUGUGUGUGAAGUAUGUGGAAAGGCUUCCGAUCCUUCCCGUCUGCUGCUUUGCGAUGACUGUGAUGUCAGCUAUCACACUUAUUGCUUGGACCCGCCCCUACACACAGUACCCAAGGGCGGUUGGAAAUGCAAAUGGUGUGUGUGUUGUGUACAGUGUGGCUCCAACUCACCAGGUUUCCACUGCGAGUGGCAGAAUAACUACACACACUGUGGCCCCUGUGCCAGCCUCGUUGCUUGCCCAGUAUGUAGAGAGAACUUCAUGGAGGAGGAGUUGCUCCUGCAGUGUCAGCACUGCGAUCGAUGGGUCCAUGCCGUAUGUGAGAGUUUAUACACGGAAGAUGAAGUGGAACAAGCUUCUGAUGAAGGCUUUGCAUGUACAUCUUGCAGCCCGUAUGUUCCAAAACCUGUUGUUGAGUCUUCCUUUAUGGCCUCAAUAAAGAUCAAGGAGCCAGAGCCUCAGUUCUACCGGUUAGAGGGUGUUUGGCUGACCGAAUCAGGGAUGUCCCUGCUACGAACCAUAUCCAUGUCCCCUCUGCUAAAGAGACGUCAGCGGCGCUCCCGUCUUGGCACUUUGUGUUGUGAAGGUGUCCCAGAUGGAAUGGAUGUGAGGGAGGAAGGAGAAGGGGAAGAAGGAAAAGUCUGUGGGGAGUCUAUGGAUUGUGACACUAAAAUGGAGAACCCCGGGAGCCCUGACAGAGAAGGUGGUGCUGAUGGAGGUGCAGAUGGCGGGGCUGAAUGCGAAGGUCUCAAAGGGGGGGUGGAGGAUAUGGAAGAUGGAAAAAAAAGAAAACGCAAACCUUACAGGCCUGGAAUUGGAGGCUUCAUGGUGCGACAAAGGAAGUGUCACACACGAUUGAAGAAAGAAUUUUUCGCCCAGCUGGCUGGAGAAACUACUUUAGAUGGACAGCCAAUAGAGAGAACCAUCGAAGAAGGACCCCAUCCUGACACGGAUAACAUCAUGGAUCCUAAAGCAUUGGAUGGUGAAGAACAGGCCAAAAAACGUCGGGGUCGAAAGAAAAGCAAACUUGAGGACAUGUUUCCAGCAUAUCUCCAGGAGGCAUUCUUUGGAAGGACGCUUAUUGACUUGAGUAAGAAGGCUGUAAUGACCCUCCCCGGACAGAAGCCAGUCGCAUGCCUUCUUCAACCCUCGUUACCAGCACCAUCAGGGAUCCAAAUGAAUUCCUCAGAAAAUGUGGCCAAGGAUCGUAUAAUCAAGCAAGAGGGAUGUCAGGCCCCCCAUGCUCAGGGAGACUGUGCAGUCUUUGCACCAUCCUCAUCACUGAAGGACCUAGGGUCCACUGAUCCUCCUGACUCUGAUGCAGAAAAAAGUGAAGGUCUUCCACGAGGGGUAGAAAAUCAGGAUUCUGAGCAGUUUUUCAGGAAGGUUCUAGGAGUGUCAGAAGGCUCCACCUUGGAGGGUAUGAAGCCCAUCUCAGAGGGCAGUAAGGGGGAACUUAAUUGUAGCGCUCUGCCACAAAGAGCUCUCCUCUCAGGGUCUCUGCCUUCAGCUGGAGUUAUGGAUGCUUUCCCUGGCCUGUCACAGUCCCCAUUCUUCGACAUGCGGGACAAAGGAGGGAUGUUUAGUCCAAAUGGGGGUGAGGAGAGCCCCUGGGCUACUCCUUCUACCCCAGUGACCCCUUCCUCCCCACCAACCCCCACUGAGGCAGAAGGUGACGGACUGUCCUACAACCAACGCAGUCUCCAGCGAUGGGAGAAAGAUGAGGAGCUGGGAGAGCUAUCAACAAUUUCUCCGGUGCUUUAUGCCAACACCAACUUUCCCACUCUCAAACAGGACCACCCAGACUGGGCAAGUCGCUGUAAACAAAUCAUGAAGAUCUGGAGAAAAGUGUCAGCAGCUGACAAGGUUCCUUACCUGCAAAAGGCCAAAGAUAACAGAGCAGCUCAGAGGAUCAACAAGGCACAAAAGCAGGCAGAGAGUCAGGUGUGCAGGCCAGUUAAGACAGAGCCAGUGCGAAUUAAAGGGGAAAGACCCAGUUUACACCUCCAUAUCCCACCGCCUUCAGGAUCUACGUCCAUCUCGUCUCAGCCAAGCUCAGCAGAGAGCCCAUAUCCCUUCCCCCCAGAUUCAGGUUCUUCCUCUGUCUUUUUCUCAGAUGGUAUCGCAAAGACCCCAGGAUCAGCCGAAAUCCAUACAGAUCCUUUUGCCAAGCUCCACCCUCAGUCACCCCGUUCUCAUUCCCACCCACCAACUCCUUUAACCUAUGCCGGGGCUAGCCCCAUACAGGCCUCCUCCUCAGGUUAUACUGCUUCCGGCCCACAGGGUCUUCCUCAGGGACGGCCAGCCAGUCUUGGCCCCUUUGACAUGCAACCAGGGACUUCUGGAACCUCCAGGCGGGCUCAGCAGGUUGACCCCUACUUUAGAUCACAGCUACAGCAACAACAAGGUCAUUCAUCACAAUCUCAGCAAGGCUCUCAAGAGUCCCUUACACCUCUACAAAGUCCUCAUUCAAGAAGUGCUGCAAUUGGUGGAGAGUCACCCGUUUUCUCACCGCCCCAUAACACACAUUAUGGGGACCCUCAAAGAACUCAACAAGCCAUGGGGCAGACAGAGUACGGUGCAUCCCCAUUAUCAUCUGCCUCCUCGCCUGCAGGCCCAGGCCAGUACAGGGCUGACAUGAGUGCACCUUCUCCUCGCUCCAAUAAUGUUGGAAGGCCUGACCUUGCCACUGGCUCUCCUGUUGGGAUGCUGGAGUCUGGGAAUGGAUAUUUUAAGGCACCUAUGACACCACGAAUACAUCAAGGGGAAGGUGGUGCACUUCAUCCUGGAGCCUCCCCAAGCCAUCCUUCCGAAGGUUACAGGCAGUCUCCAUCUCACUCUUUCUCUGAUGCCCACGUUCAGUCUCCAUUAGCUCCCAAGUUGCAGUCAGGUGACAAUUGUUCUCUUGGACCCCAGAGACACAGUGUAACUCAACAAGAAAUAUGCCCUAGAGUUCCCUCCAGCCCACAAUCCCAGGGCAGCUGUCAGUCUCCUCACACUCCAGGUGGACUCUCAAAUGAUGCAUAUUCUGCCCAGUCCCCUUUAACGCCACGUUUCCAGUCCCCAGAUCACUGUUCUCAGCCACCUUCAAGGCCACAAUCAAGAGAUCCUUUCACAACUAUCCAAAAACCACCUCGCCCAGCGUCUGGUUGCCCAGAAGGAAUUAUAAGUUUUAAAAGCUCACCUAAUCCAAAUCAGCCACCUCCCUCACAUUCCAACAGUGGUUCCAUGGGGGAUCCUGUCACUUGCAAACCUUCAGCACCAUUCAACCCUAGUACAGGAACAAUUCAGAUACCCCAACAGCAGGGUCACAUGGUUCCAGGUCGGCCACAGCAAACUACUGUUGCGGACAGCCACAGCUCGAGGCAUAUACCUACAUCUGGAUCUCAAGAACUGUCAGCUCUCCGCCCUCAAGAUGCGCCUCAUCAGACAACCUUGCCAGGUACUCAAGAAAUGCCUGAUGUGUCAGCAGUUCAAGAUCCAGCACUAGUGGGCCUUAGUCCCUCUGAACUGGAGAAACACAGACAGCGUCAGAGAUUAAGAGAAUUCCUAAUCAGACAACAAAUGCAGCGUAACACCAUUCGACAAGAAAAAGAGGCAGCUGCAGCUGCUGCUGGCAAUGCAUCAUCCCCUGGAUGGCAAGGAGGAGAAAUUGGUGCAUUUCAACAAGACAAGACACACAGAGCACCACCACCUUAUCCACAGGAACGUGUUGCAGUUACAACUGCGGGAGCUCAGGCCUCCAUUAUAGGGAAGAUGCCCAUUAAUGCUAGUGGGAUGGGGGACAAGCUCAUUCGACCACCGGCUGCAGGAACCGCAGCCAUCAUGGAUCCUAGUACUCUAAGGCCACCAGGGCCUCCCAGGUCGCAGGGUAUGUUUCCUCGUCCACCUUUCCCUCUUCAGUGGCAGGGUCAAGCUGCAGGACCAAGGAGAUUCCCCCAUCCUAAUAUGGAGGCUAUGGCCAUUAGGCACAAUGUAAACUCUGCUGUGAAUAUUCAGGGUCUGGAAGGCAUUGGUAACCCUCACACCAUGAUGCCAUCAUCACAUGGAGGAGAGAAUAUGCAACCAUUAAGCCAAGCACCUCCACCACAGUUCAUUGAAUUAAGACACAAUUCGCAGAGGCUACCACUUAGACCUCAGUUUAUGUCUCGUGGACCUCAGCCCAGACAGCGUCUUUUUGUCCCACAAGAGAUGUCAGCACCAUACAUUCAACAGCAUCCAAUAGUGCCAGCUGGUGCUAUUCAAUCACAGGGGAACAUCAAUUCACAGUUGGGGUUACAGCAGAGUGAACUUUCAGCUUUAUUACCUCAGCAGCUUACAGUCACAGGAACACAGCAGCGCCAGGCAGGAGCUUCAACUUCCAACAUUCCUGCCUCCAGACACCGUCAGCUUUCGCAAUCAAGCCUGGUCACAGAAUCCCAAACUGGUAUAGUAGAACACAAUGAGGAACUACCAGAACCUGAUCUCGAGACCCUUGGGGGUGCCCCUGGGGAUGGAGGUGUCGAAGAUGAGGAGGAUUUAGGUCUUGACCUGGACCCAGACAAAGGAGAUGAUGAACUGGGAAACCUAGACAACCUGGAAACCAACGAUCCACAUUUAGAUGACUUGCUUAAUAGUGAUGAAUUUGACCUGCUUGCUUACACUGACCCUGAAUUAGACCAAGGAGACCCAAAGGAUGGCUUUUCAGACCAGCUGCGCUUGGUCGAAGCUGAAAGUGAAACCCCUUCAUCAUCCUCUGGCUCUGCACUUGUCAAAGUAGAAGAUAAACCCAAGUUGGAAUCUGAGCACAAGUCUGUGUCAACGCCAGCGUCUCCAGGCAGAUCUGCUACCCAACUACAAUGCUCCUCUGAUGCUGUUGGUAACACCAAGAUAAAAGUGGAGUCAAGAUGUCUCACUGCUCAGCUCCAGUCAGGACAGACUGCUGUAAAAGAUGAAAUGGUAGAGGCUGUAUCUCUGCUCCUUAGUGGAAGCAGAGCGAGCACAGCACAGCAAGAAAACCAGGCGGCUUCCCUCAGUUCUGUUCGAUUAGGGGGGCUUUCAUAUCCACUGCAAGGCCAAGAUGACCCCUUGCCUUUUUCUACAGCUGCUCCUCAUGCAGAUAUUGGUGAUGAUCCACUUGGGUUGCCCGAUGUUGGAGGACAGCAUUCUGCUGCUGUUGAUUUGGCAAAGGUAGAGAGCUCGUUGGAUGGUGAGCUGCCUCUCUUAAUACAAGAUCUGUUGGAACAUGAGAAGAAGGAACAGCAACAGCAGCUACAGCUUAAUUCACUUCACCAGGGAGGCGUUCCACCUCAUUUUCCGUGCGUUCCAAAUCAACAGUCAAACCCACAUCUUCCUGGACAGUUAAUGCUGCCACACCACCGUCCACCACCCCAAGCAAUGAUGGCCCAGUCAGGAAUAGUGCCCCGUCCUCCACACAUGCUGCAACAACAACAAAGGCUUCUGGGACCUGGAAUGGUGCCACCACCUCACAUGACCAUGGGCCAGCAGCAAGCCGUCGUUAGAAUGGGGCAGCCAGGAAUGCAUGCAAGUCUCAGUCAUCCACAGCAGCAACCUAUGGUGAAACAGUCACCGGUGGCCAACAAUUUCUUCCCAGAUAAAGAUUUAGACAAAUUUGCUUCUGAUGACAUAAUGGAUCCCAUUGCCAAGGCAAAGAUGGUGGCUCUUAAAGGUAUUAAGAGAGUGUUGGCCCAGGACCCAAUGGGUGUUCCUUCUGGUAUCAACAGGCAACAAGUUUCUCUGCUUGCUCAGAGGCUGUCAUCUGCUCCAGGCACAGAUCCAGGCCAAAUUUCAUCUGGGCCGCCAAAAGAGGAACCAACUACUGAUGCCACCCAGUCAAGACCUAACCCACCACAAUUUGUGCAAGGAAUCAUCAAUGAUUCAGAACAGCACCAGUAUGAGGAAUGGCUUCUUCACACUCAGCAGUUACUCCAAAUGCAGUUAAAAUUUCUGGAAGAACAAAUUGGAGUUCAUCGUAAAUCUCGCAAGGCACUGUGUGCCAAGCAGCGCACGGCAAAGAAAGCUGGCAGAGAGUUGGCUGAGGCAGAUGCUGAGAAACUCAGGUUGGUCACGGAAGAACAGAGCAAAAUUCAGAAACAGCUUGACCAGGUACGCAAACAGCAGAAAGAGCACACCAAUCUCAUUGCUGAGUAUAGAAGCAAGCAGCAGCAGCAGCAGCAAGGUUCAGGUCUUGUUGCUCCUGGACAUACUGCGCAGGGGCCCCCACUUCACAUGUUUCCCAAGUUACCUGGCCAGAUGAUGAUUGGCCAACAGGGAACGCCAGUCAUGGGUCAGCACCCUAGAAUGGUUUCCCAAGGUGGAAUGCCUGUCAGGAUGCCCCAAGGUCAGCCUUUCAUUGCAAGAGCCCAACACCAACUUCCAAGGGCCCAAUGUCCCCCUGGUACACCAGCAGGAUUCUUCCCACAAGGACCACCUGGAAUACAGGGUGCUGACCCCAGGCUUCUCCAAGAAAGACAGCUCCAGCAUAGGAUGCAGAUGGCAAAGCUCCAGCAGCAGCAACAACAGCAAGCAAUGAUGGGCCAGCAACAGCUGCCAAUUCAAAAUCAACAGUCUGCCUUAAUAACUCAGCCACAGUCUGGUGUGAUGGGCAACCCACUGAUGUCCCAGCAGCAAGCAAAUAUUAAACAGGGGAUGUUGGCUAAUCAGAUUAAUCAGCAGAGCAUAGCUCAAGGCGUGCAGGUAAUGGGUUCAGGUCAGUCUGUAGGUCCACCAUCACAGAACUUUAUUGCAGGUCAGACCAAUAACCAAGCUCAAGUCAUAAUGGCAGCUCAACCAGUGUUAAGCGGUAAUCCGCCUGUUGCACAACAACAACAACACAGGCCUCAGAUAAUGCAGCAGGGAAUGGUUGGCUCUCCAGCUCAUUCUGUCAGGGGUCCCCAGGCCCCGCUGACUCAACAACAACAACAGAACCUUCUUGCCCAACACAUUCUUGCUUCUCAGCAGCAGCAGCAGCAGCAGCAUAAUGUUGCAAAUAAUUUUCCUCAACUUCAGCAGCCAAUUGCACAGCAAAGGCAAACAACUCAAGUAAUGCUUAAAUCCAACCAAGAGCAAGAAAGGCUUUCCCAAUCUUCUACCCCACAGAUGAGUUCAUCCCCUUCCACUGGCAGCACCACACCUCAGCCACUGGGAGCUACUGAUAGUCAAACUGCAAUGACAAAAGAGGGUGACAUUCUCAACCCUGAUACCAGAACUACACCGCAACACAGUGGGCCCACAACCCCUAAUCAUAUGCAGCAGGUCACAUCUGCAAAUGAUCAGCAGAAUGAUAUGGUGCGACAGCCACUUCAGAAGCAGCAUCAAGACCAGGGUUAUAUGCUGCAGCAACAACCACCGCUUCCUGAACAACAAACUGGUUUGGUUGGAAACCAACAAAGUGGUGUCAUUCAGCAACAACUACCAACUGCUGUACAGAGGCAAGAUUCAGGUAUUACGGUUAAAGAAGAAGGUACGUCUGUGGAUUUCUUGGCACAGCAACAACAGCACCAAUCUGUUCCGCAUGUCAUGCAGCAACCCCAAGACCCCAGCAUGCAGCAACAGAUGAUCGUCCAGAACCAUUCUGGUCAGCUACAGUCUGUAAUUAAUCAUCCUCAGCAGCAAGCUUUAAUUGCGCAGCAGCAAAAACAGCAGGCCAUGAUGGGAAUGAUUAGAGCUCAGCAGCAAGGCAUGAUUGCACAAAGGCCUGGGGUUCCAAAUGCACCUAUCCGCACCCCUAUCAACAUCCAGGCUAUCAUUGCUCAAAAUCCACAACUACGCAAUCUUCCACCAAAUCAGCAGAUACAACACAUCCAAGCCAUGAUUGCCCAGAGGCAGCUCCACCAGGGACAAAUGCUGCGAAUGUCAAUGGGUCAGAGUCAGUUAAGGCCUCACAUGCUACCAGGACAGGUGCCACAAGCUGGAAAACAAAUGCUGAGGAUGGAAGUGCAACAGAUGCCAUAUGGACCCAUGGUAAAGCCUGGAACUUUGUGCACUCCUCAACAGAGUGUUGCUCCUCAGUUUCAGCAAGGGAUGAUGGUCACAGGGCAGCAACAGCCACAAACAGGAGAGACGAUGCAAGUUAUGAGAGGUCAAUUACCAGUGCCACGAUCUACCAUGGACCAGAGCCGUUCAAUAAGGCCUACAUCUCCACGCCAGUCACUAUCCUCACACCCUGGUGAUCUGAGACACCCACUGAACCAAGCAGUAGGAAUGCGUCCACCCACUCCUAACCAGCACCAACAACAGGCACUAAUGGCUGCUGCAACGGGCCGCAUACAGGGAUCCCCUUCCAUUGCAUAUUCUCCGAGAGGACCUUUUGGCAUCAGCCCCGUCCACCCUGCAUCUCCACUCUCAUCCCAUGUCUCUACGCCUUCUGUAGUUGACAACAGAGCUGGAAGAGGAAGUCCAUACAGUCAAAUCAAGGCAUCUCCUCUCAGGUCACCAGUCACCAAGACUCCACUUGAAUGUCCAGGAUUGAAAAUAGAAUCGCAGACAUCGGCUAGUGAAACAUCUACUACGACUCUUACUCCAAAUGGUCCAAAGACAGGAUUGGAUAUCCGGCAGCAGUUACAAGUUGCAGACAGCCGUAUUCCUUACACACAGCAUGGUUCUACAGGCGCGGGUCUAUGCAAGCUGACACUACAUAACAUUAAACAGGAGCCAAGAGAAGUUCAGUGUGAUGAUGGAGGAGAAGCACAUUCUGGUAGUAUAAAGCGAGAAGCAACAGGUGACAUGGUUACUUCAGGGAGCAACGCUGCAUUUAAUAAUGAUGACAUUGCCGCAGAACCUGAAGUACAAGGCACUAGAUCUGAAACUGGACAGCAAUUACUACAGAAACUCUUGAGAACCAAGAACCUUCAGCUUGCAGCCCAAAGGCCAUCUGAAGGCAUCCACAAUGAGAUCAAUGGCCACAUUAACAGCAAACUGGCAAUGCUGGAGCAAAAACUUCAAGGGACUCCACGAAAUAUGGAGGAUUUACAAUCUAUAAGUAAAAGGGCUCCUGCACAAAAGCCAAAGCGUCCAAUUAAAGCACCUGGAGACCGCGGGUUGAAUGCCCGGAAGAAGAAUAAGAAGGAAGAAGUUGGAAAAAGUGCUGAAGCCUUGAUAAAGCAACUUAAACAGGGUCUGUCUCUGCUGCCCCUCAUGGAACCUUCUAUCACAGCUAGUCUGGAUCUGUUUGCUCCUUUUGGGAGCAGCCCAGCCAAUGGAAAAGCUGAGCUCAAAGGAUCCUUUGGGAACGCAAUUUUGGACAAUAUUCCAGACUACUAUUCUCAGUUGCUCACCAAGAGCAACCUCAGCAACCCACCAACACCACCAUCUUCCCUGCCGCCAACACCUCCGCCUUCUGUACAGCACAAGCUACUUAACGGAGUGACUUCUGGGGAGGAACUCUCUCAGCGUCAGAAAAAUGCAGUGUCGACAAACGAGCCAAUGGAAGCGGUUACAGAACAGACAAAAAGUGUAGACAUUCUUGCAGCGCUUCCCACUCCGCCACAUAACCAGAAUGAGGACAUCAGGAUGGAGAGCGAUGAUGAGGAUGCUUCAGAAAGCAUUAUACCGGCAUCAUCCCCUGAGAGCAAUGUUGGAGAGGAAACACCACGUUUCCCUCAACUGCGAGAGCCAAAAGAAGAAGAGACAGAGAGAGCAAUUUCCCCCAUCAUCCCCCUCAUCCCUCGCACUGCUAUUCCGGCUUUCUCUGAGAACAAACCAUUCGAAGCAACUGAUAGUAGAGUGGUGUCCAUAUCCAAUCACUGGGAUAAGGCGAAGAAUAAUGAGGUGGCUGUCACCUUCACAUUGUCUUCCAUGGCAGCAAAGAAACUUAACCAUGUGAUGAUGGCAAUGGCACAGCUGCUCAAGAUAAGGAUGCCAGGUUCAUACGACGUGACCUUCCCCUCCCAAAACCCUGACAUGCCUGGAGUGGAUCCUGGGAAAGAGCCUAUACAGCCUGGUGCACUUUGUCUAAAGGACAAUUCGUCAUCUACUGAGGACGAGUGGUUAAGGCAAUUUGAUGUGUCUCUGCCAGGCUGUACAUUAAAGAAACAAGUGGACAUUCUGGCCCUAAUCAAACAGGAAUUUGCGGAUAAUGAAGACAAACCAGCCCAGCACUGUUACACAACUAAUGUGAAUGACUUGGAUGUGCGCCACCUUCCUGUUGUAGCAGUGGAGGAAUCACCACCUCAUUCUCCAUCCCCUCCACUUCCUUGCUUUCCAGCUCCAGUUCCAACUAAUGAAGCCAAAGCUCCCAAAAAGUCUGUUCCACCAUCCUACUCACCUGUCACUCUUGCCACUGUCCAGAUUAAAAUGGAGCCUGAGCCGAAGGAUGGUCCUCCUGAAGAAGGGGCUCAAUCAACUGAGUCAGCAGUUGCUGCUCCGGAGAUGACCUCUGACCCAUUGUUUGAUCAAGUAGGUUCUGAUCCCACUGUUCGGUCAGAAGAUGGCCUAAAUCCAGCUUCCAAGAAGGAAGAAUCAGUCAGUGAUCCUGUCAUCAAAGAUUCUCCUAGCCCACUGGAAUCCUCCCCUAAGGCCAUGAAGCAGCGCAGGCCUCUCACGCCUGAUGAGGAGAUCCUACUGCCCAAAGUGAAAAAAUGGAAGGGGAUUCGCUGGAAGCGUCUGCAGAUUGUCAUCUCGAUACGUAAAGGUGGCUCUAAAAAGGAGAGCAGCCGUGAGGUGUCUGAGCUGAUGGAGCGCCUUCGCAUUACACUGCGUCCAGACAAGUUGCCACGUGAUAAACGUAAAUGCUGCUUCUGCCAUGAGGAGGGCGAUGGCGCCACAGACGGGCCUGGACGCUUGCUUAACAUAGACGUUGACCUGUGGGUGCACCUCAACUGUGCCUUGUGGUCCACAGAGGUGUAUGAGACACAAGGAGGCGCGCUUAUGAACGUAGAGGUGGCCCUGCGGCGCGGAUUGCGGACUCUGUGUGCAUUUUGCCAAAAAACGGGUGCCACCAGCAGCUGCAACAGACUGCGCUGCCCAAAUGUCUACCACUUUGCCUGUGCAAUCCGCGCCCGCUGCAUGUUUUUCAAGGACAAAACCAUGUUGUGCACCCAGCACAAGCUAAAGGGCCCCAGUGAAGAUGAACUCAUCUCUUUUGCCGUUCUGAGGCGUGUCUACAUUGAGCGCGAUGAAGUCAAGCAAAUAGCAAGCAUCUUGCAGCGAGGUGACCGAAUCCACCUUUUCCGCGUUGGUGGUCUCAUCUUUCACGCAGUCGGGCAAUUGUUACCUUCUCAAAUGACCAACUUCCACUCACCUACGGCCAUCUUCCCUGUUGGCUACGAGGCCACACGCAUCUACUGGAGCACACGUGUUCCCAACAAGCGCUGUCGCUACCGUUGCCGCAUCAGCGAGAAUGACUGUCAUCCCUUAUUUGAGGUGCGUGUUCUUGAACAUGGCAUGGAGGAUUUGCACUUUAAUGACACGACUCCUCAAGGAAUCUGGGAGCAGGUGGUUCAAAGUGUGGCCAAACUCCGGGAUGAUUCGUCCAUGUUAAAACUGUUUACUGAACAUGUCAGAGGAGAGGAGAUGUAUGGUCUCACAGUUCAUGCUGUCAUGCGCAUCACUGAAUCCCUACCAGGAGUGGAAAACUGCCAACACUACCAAUUCCGGUAUGGCCGUCACCCACUGAUGGAGCUUCCUCUCAUGAUCAAUCCCACUGGCAGUGCUCGCUCAGAGCCCAAAGUCCCAACACAAUGCAAGAGGCCUCACACCUUGAACAGUACCAGCGUGUCCAAGGCGUACCAGAGCACCUUCACAGGCGAGAUGAACACACCGUACAGCAAGCAGUUCGUCCACUCUAAGUCGUCUCAAUAUCGGCGCCUGAAGACCGAGUGGAAGAACAACGUGUACUUGGCUCGUUCUCGCAUUCAGGGCUUAGGUCUGUACGCCGCUAAAGAUCUGGAGAAGCACACCAUGGUCAUUGAGUACAUCGGCACUGUCAUUCGCAAUGAGGUGGCAAACCGGCGUGAAAAGAUCUAUGAAUUGCAGAACCGUGGCAUCUACAUGUUCCGCAUCAACAAUGAGCAGGUGAUUGACGCCACUCUGACUGGUGGUCCAGCUCGCUAUGUGAACCACUCCUGUGCCCCCAACUGUGUUGCGGAGGUUGUCACGUUUGACAAAGAGGACAAGAUCAUUAUCAUCUCCAGUCGCAGAAUACCCAAAGGAGAGGAGCUGACGUACGACUACCAGUUUGACUUUGAGGACGACCAACACAAGAUCCCCUGCCACUGCGGAGCGUGGAAUUGCCGAAAGUGGAUGAACUAGCAAGACUGAGGAAGGAAAAAGCGUUUUUUGUUUUUUCUUGUCUUCUUUGCCAGUGAAUAAGCUGCUCUCACACACGCGGAGGAAGGCUGGCUCCAUAGUUUGAUGACUCCAAGUGACAGUCCACACGUGUAGCCAAAGUUUGACAGGCGCCACCUCCAGCUGUGGAACACCUCCUUUUAAUUAAUCUCCUCCACAAUGACUCUGAGCUGCAAAAAGAAGCCAUUUUUUCAAUCCUAACAAGUCGGACCUACUUUCUUCUUCCUGUCUCACCUCUGGCCACACCCCCCUGACAAAAGGCACUUUCCCCCCAUAAAUCAUCAAUGAAGACGAGAGACUUGGCUGGCUAGACAAUCUGAACAUGAGGAAGAACUACAUGCCAUCAGUGUGGAGACAAGAAGAAGACUUGACAGUCGUAAGGUUGGUUGGACCCGGUCUACCUCAUUGAUUUAGUGGGAAGUGACUGCUUUGUAUAAAAAAAACAAAAACGAAAAAAUGCUACUGUGGAAUUUUAGGGGCGGGGUCGGGCCUUCUCGGACAAGCAGGGAAUCUUUAAGCAGCAGGUUUGCUCUAAUCUACUCUAUGCUGAUGAUCAUUUACAAUAAGGAGCCAAGCUGAUUAUUAUUAUUAUUAUCAUCAAUUAUGUCUUAUUUAUACAGAGCAAAUAUAUGAUGAGCGUUUGAUAAGAUGUUGCAUUAACUUAAAAAAACACAAAAAAACGGCAAUCAGAAGCUCAGCAUCUCAUCCUGUGAUCCAUCAAAUCAUCCUGGAGCUUUUUUUUUAGUCUUUGUCCUGCUCCUCCUCCCUCCUGAUUUAGUUGUCCAAUCAAACGCAUGACUACUAAAAUGUCCUUUUAUGUUUUUAUUAACAGCCUCUUCCUCUGCCUCAUUUUGUGGGCUUUUGUAAAAAAACAACAACUAUUUACUGUAGUAAGUCUUCCUUUUGCUUGAGUACAGCCUGCAGCCUUUCUACUCCUCUUGUAGUUUGUGCGUGCGUGCGUGUGUGUGUGUGUUUGUGUAAGAGGGUGUGUGUGUGUUUUUCUAGUGCUGGUACUGUCCUCCAGGCUGAACUGAUGGCAGGGAAUGACUUAUUGGAUAAAAGGGCAUUUGUUUUCACUUCUACCUGAGAGUUUAAAAAAGUCUUUAAAGGGAGCUUUAUUAAAAAAUAACAAAAAAAAUUACAAAAAAAUCCCUCCAACUUCCUAUAUGACUUUAUCCCCCCCCCCC